UGGGUGACUAGCGGGGUCUGUAACAGGGUUUGCCGCUUCUUGGCGCCGCCAUGCAGGUCUCCAGCCUCAACGAGGUGAAGAUUUACAGUCUCAGCUGCGGGAAGUCACUUCCUGAGUGGCUUUCUGAUAGGAAGAAGAGAGCAUUACAGAAGAAAGAUGUUGAUAUCCGUAGGAGAAUUGAACUUAUUCAGGAUUUUGAAAUGCCUACUGUUUGCACCACUAUUAAGGUGUCAAAAGAUGGACAGUAUAUUUUAGCAACUGGAACAUAUAAACCUCGGGUCCGAUGUUAUGAUACCUAUCAAUUAUCCUUGAAGUUUGAAAGGUGUUUAGAUUCAGAAGUUGUCACCUUUGAAAUUCUGUCUGAUGACUACUCAAAGAUUGUCUUCUUACAUAAUGAUAGAUAUAUUGAAUUUCAUUCACAAUCAGGUUUUUACUACAAAACCAGAAUACCAAAGUUUGGGAGAGAUUUCUCUUACCACUACCCAUCCUGUGACUUGUACUUUGUUGGUGUUUUAUUAUAUGACCUUCGAUCUGAUAAGCCGUUGCUAGUUAAGGAUCACCAGUAUGGGCUGCCCAUUAAGUCAGUUCAUUUCCAGGAUUCGUUAGAUUUGAUUUUAUCUGCAGACUCUCGAAUUAUCAAAAUGUGGAAUAAGAACUCAGGGAAAAUAUUUACUUCUCUGGAGCCAGAGCAUGACCUUAAUGAUGUUUGUCUGUACCCCAACUCAGGAAUGCUUCUUACUGCCAAUGAAACCCCCAAGAUGGGCAUCUAUUACAUUCCAGUAAGUAAUACAAAUAAGAAAUGGGAAAAGGAUCUGGACAGUUUAACAGAAAACUGUGAACAAAAUCCACAGAGCCUUUUCUUUGCCACUUACAAAUUUUCCUGUAAGAAAGAUCUAGAAGACCUGGGGCUCACACAUCUCAUUGGAUCGCCUUUUCUCAGGGCAUAUAUGCAUGGAUUUUUCAUGGACAUAAGACUCUAUCACAAGGUGAAAUUGAUGGUAAAUCCAUUUGCUUAUGAAGAAUAUAGAAAAGAUAGAAUACGACAGAAGAUAGAAGAAACACGUGCACAGAGAGUCCAAUNNNAGAAAUUGCCAAAAGUUAACAAAGAGCUGGCACUUAAAUUAAUUGAGGAAGAAGAGGAGAAGCAAAAAUCUACAUGGAAAAAGAAAGUUAAGAACCUUCCUAAUAUUCUCACCGAUGAUCGAUUUAAAGUUAUGUUUGAGAACCCUGACUUCCAAGUAGAUGAAGAGAGUGAAGAAUUUAGGCUUUUGAAUCCACUUGUUUCAAAAAUUAGUGAGAAAAGGAAGAAGAAACUAAGACUGUUACAGCAACAAGAACUUCAUGAAAAAGAAGAGGAGGAAGAACUGGAAGGAAAACCGAGUGAUGCAGAAAGUUCGGAGAGUUCAGAUGAUGAAAAAGACUGGGUUGAAGAGGUCAGGAAGCAGCGCAGACUUAUCCAGCAGGAGGAAAAAGUGAAGCGGCAGGAACGACUCAAGGAGGACCAGCAGACGGUCCUAACACCCCAGUUUUAUGAGAUCAAAGCAGGAGAAGAGUUCAGAAGCUUCAAAGAUUCUGCCACAAAGCAGAAGCUGAUGAACAAAACCCUUGAAGAUCGUUUGAAAAUUGAAGCAAAAAAUGGUACAUUGAGUGUAUCAGACACCACUGUUGGCAGCAAACAAUUGACAUUCACGUUAAAGAGGUCUGAACAGCAGAAGAAGCAACAGGAGGCCGAGAAACUGCAUCGACAAGAAAGGAAAAAACUCCGCCGUUCAGCUGGUCACUUGAAGUCGAGACAUAGAAGAGGACGACCAUUUCAUUGAGUGCGGACGCUAUCCUACGUGUGAUUAGGAGGGAACACAUCUCCCGCAGAUUGAUCAUCAUUAGGGGAUUAAGCACCGACAAGGGAAUGCACAUUUUUAAGUCCCAUGUAAAUUCUUGCACAGGGAGGUAAAGAUUUGAUAGCCUGUCCCCAUGCCCUGUGGAUUGGACUUUGGAAUUGGGCAUCUGCCAACUGUCCACCACAUAGCCCCAGGGGUGCUCUUGUAAGUUGUUGCUCCCUAUAAACAUUGUCCUUGUUCUCCGGAUUUUAAUCAAGUAAACCAGGUGGUGGUUGUCUAUUUAAUAUUGUGAACCAUGUACCAUGAAAUGAAAGGUUUAUCCUGUGCUAAAAACGAAGAUUUAUCAUGUUCUAAGAACUUUUUCCUUGCAGUGCUUGCUGCCAUUCAUGAUUAAGCCACGCAAAAAUAUCAUCCCUAUUGCAUUUGGUGUCUAUGUAUUGGCCAUGUUUUUAUUUAUAAGUAUAUGUUGAUACAUGUGUCAGCUUGUUUAUGUACUAGUUUGGGAUUUUUUAAAAAAUAUUUUUAUACCAAGAGAAUAUAAUGUAAUGGAACAGGCUGAGCAUCCGAA